ACGACAGACAACCUCUCACCGCCAACAUGUCCCCACACGAUCUCCGAAACCAGUACACUGGCCCUAGUGCGCAGCACACGGGGAACACGGCGCUGCCGCCGUACCCGCCCAACUCGCCGCGCCCGCCGACGAUAGCGACGUUUGCGAGCAUCCCCGUGGACGAGCCCCCGAGCUACGCCACGGCGUGGGGGCAGCCCACGCCGACUGACGUCGCGGCGCCCGCCGCGCCGACAACGCAGGCGAGCCCGUUCGCUGUGCCCGCCGAGAUGUCGCUGUACGACGCCGAGCUGCUCGCCUACCGCCAGGCCUUGGGCGCGUACCACGAGAAGGGGAGGGGCAGGGAGACGGACAAGCGCGAGCCCAAGGAGAAGGACAGGCGCAAGGGCGAGGGCAUGCGUUAUGCCCCACCUCCCGUCCCCGAGCCCCCGCUCACCCCGCCCCCGGAGGAUGAGUACACCGUCGUCGACCUCUGCGAGAGCGUCGGGCACGACACGAGCCCGCGGCUGCCGGGCGUAAUUGCGACCGCGGCGCUGUUCCCGCUCAGCAUGGUGUGGCACGCGGCGCGCAAGACGGCCAAAUGUAACCGCUGCAGCAAGACGGUGCCGAUUCAGUCUUGGUGUGGAAGCAGCAACAACAGCUGUGGCCGGCAGCAGCGGCCGCGCAAGUCGUGCGGAAGCAGCAGCAGCAACUGGCAGAACAACGACUGCGGGAGCUGGCAGACCAACAAUCGCGGGUGGGAGAAGACCAACAGCUGGGACAACAGCGGCUGGCAGCAGCAACAGAACAGCAACAACAACCGCUGCGGGUCGAAGCGGCAGAACAACUGCGGCAGGCGGGAGAAUCGCUGUGGUGGCCGAGCGGCGAGCUGGCACGAAACCCCGCAGCCCCAGCCCAAGAGCUGGAACGAGUGGACGGACCCGCGCAACGCGACACAGGGCGACUGGAAGCACGAGCACAAGGGCGCGUCGUGGGAGGCUGCGUCGGCCUCGUCGGCCAGCUCGGCCUCGACGGGCUCGAGCUCGUGCGGCAGCCGGAGCCGGUGCGGCGAGCGCAGGGAGACAAGGAGGUGCGGGUCCCAGGCGCGGUGCUAGUUAUGUCGGACCCGGGAAAGCUGUCGCAGUUGUUGUAGGCUCCCAUUAGGGCCGAUGUAUUCUUUGCGCGUGGG